AUUAAAUAGUGGCCUCGACGACGACCAAACUAAUCUUCUCCACCAAUAGCAAUAGCAAUGACAAAUUAGGAAUAGCAAUGGCGUCCUUGACUAGUUGUAUAUAUAUCUCCUCCACCAAACCCUCCCCGAAUUUCCUAAACCUCUUUCUCACCAAAUCCAAACACACCUUUCGCUCUCCUCAUUCACCUCUUCAUUUCCGAACCUUAAUUCCACGAUCCAUUUUCCGUUGUUCUUCUAAAAUCCCCAAAUUGCCCAAAUCGAAACCUAGAAUUUUCGACAAUAUCGACAAACAUCAUCAUCAUAAUCGUGUCCGGACAAGGAAUAUUGUUGGCGGCGAGGCUAAAAUGACGGUGACAGCGGCGGUGCAAGACGGAACCCUAAUUGUGAAUGGGAAGGCGGUGGUGGUCGGUGUGCCGUCCAACAUUGUUGUCCGCCAGGUGUUCGACGAUUUGCCUGCUGCUGCUGCUGCUGCUGCUGCUGCAUUUAUUGGCGCUGCCUCCACUUCUCCCAGCUCCAGACAUGUCUUUCGGCUUGGUCAUUUUCAGGAGUGCAAGUAUGUGUCCUUGUUCAGACACAAAAUUUGGUGGAUGAUACCUCGUUUUGGUAGCUUGGGAAAGGACAUCCCGAUCGAGACACAAAUGCUGCUACUCGAAGAGACGGAUCCGGCUGGCGACACUUUUUAUGUGUUGCUAUUGCCUGUAUUGGAAGGGAAAUUCCGCGCGACUUUGCAAGGGAAUUCAUCGAACGAGCUUGAAUUGUGUGUCGAAAGCGGAGACGAACAAAUCGAAACCAUGGAAGUGACUGAAUCCGUUCUCAUUAAUUCGGGGCGUAACCCUUUCGAGCUCAUAAAGGAUUCUUUCAAGAUUCUUGAGAAGUGCAAAGGCACAUUCACUAAUCUUGUCAACAAAAAGAAACCGGCACAUUUAGAUUGGUUCGGUUGGUGUACUUGGGAUGCUUUUUAUAAAGACGUAAAUCCGGUUGGAAUUAAAGAAGGCCUCGAAAGUUUUCUAGAAGGUGGUUGCCCUCCGAAGUUUUUGAUCAUCGACGACGGAUGGCAAGAUACGUGUAAUGAGUUUCACAAGGAAGGCGAGCCAUUGAUCGAAGGAACACAAUUUGCGAGUAGAUUAGUCGAUAUUAAGGAAAGUGCAAAAUUUAUGGCGUCCGGGGUCGACAUUUCGUGUUACAAUCUCCGCGACCUUGUCAACUACAUCAAAGAAGAAUAUAGCGUGAAAUUCAUCUACGUUUGGCACGCGUUGCUCGGGUACUGGGGAGGGCUUCUUCCAUCGUCGGAAAAAAUGAAGAAAUACAAUCCGAAGAUAAUACAUCCCUUGCAAUCUCCCGGAAACAUAGGAAAUAUCCGUGACAUUGCCAUGGAUAGUAUAGAAAAAUACGGAGUCGGUCUUAUCGAUCCGGAGAAAGCUUACGACUUUUAUAACGAUCUCCACAGCUAUCUUUCCAGCUGCAAUGUUGACGGAGUGAAAGUAGACGUGCAAAAUCUGGCAGAGACACUUGGCAAUGGUUACGGAGGCCGGGUCACCGUUACCCAACGAUUUCAAGGAGCGUUAGAGGAGUCAAUUGCGAAGAAUUUCGAAGAGAAUAAUUUGAUAAGCUGUAUGAGCUUGAACAACGAUUAUGUUUACAGCUCGAAGAAGAGUGCCACUGCAAGAGCGUCGGAAGACUUCAUGCCGCGGGAGCCUUCGUUUCAAACUUUGCACGUUGCUUCCGUGGCCUUCAAUAGCCUUCUGCUCGGAGAGGUUUCCGUGCCCGAUUGGGACAUGUUCCAGAGCAACCAUUACACAGCCGAAUUCCACGGCGCGGCAAGAGCGUUAGGUGGAUGCCCGGUGUAUGUGAGCGACAAGCCCGGAAAGCACGAUUUCAAAGUCUUGAAGAAAUUAGUGUUGCCCGAUGGCUCGAUACUAAGAGCUCGAUAUGCUGGACGGCCCACACGCGACUGCUUAUUUGUGGACACUGUAGUCGAUGGCAAAAGCUUGUUGAAGAUUUGGAACUUGAAUAAGUUUUCGGGAGUGAUCGGUGUGUUUAACUGCCAAGGAGCCGGAAAUUGGCCGAUGAUGGAUGAUCCGGCGCAUUAUGCCAACUCGUCAUCCGAGCCUCGAGUUUUGUCAAGCCAAUUGAGUCCCGAAGACAUCGAUUUUCUUGAAGAAGUUACUGAUGAAAGUUGUGAUGGUGAAUGUGCUGCCUACGCGUUUCAUACCGGUUCGCUUUCUCGACUCUCCAAAGAGGAAAGGAUCAAAGUGUCAUUAGCCACUCUUGAAUGUGAAGUAUUCACCGUCUCUCCGAUAAGGGUUUUGAACGAGGACUUGCAAUUUGCUCCGAUCGGGUUAAUUGACAUGUACAACUCCGGGGGAGCGGUACAAGGUUUGAGGUUGUCCCAAAAAGCUUCGGAACAGAGUGUAAUAAUUGAAGCCCGAGGCAGCGGCCGGUUGGGUGCAUACUCAAGUAAGAAACCGGUUCGUUGCACAGUGGAUGGCGAGGAAUUCGAAUUUGUGUAUUUUUCAGACAAUGGUUUGCUUAUCGUAAAUCUUGAAGGUGAAUGCAAAGUCAGGGAUAUUAGUUACUGCUAUUAGCAUUUUUUUGUUUUGAUCAAUCGAUUUUUCAAUGAAAUUGGCUGGUUUGGAGUUUUAUUUUUCUUUUGAAGGGAAAUUUGGAUCGAUUGUUCAGAUGAUCUAGUCGAGAAUAAGCCGAUGAUGUUGUUGUUGUCGUCGGCAUUUUAAAGGUUGAAAAGGUUGCCAUUGUGAAUUUUGGAUUGUAAUAAGAAUGUUGUUUCAAAAGAUAUUUUGUGGUGAAGUAUUUACCGUUUACAUCU